UUUAUGGUUCGAACAGGUCUCCUUCAACAAGUGUGUCAAGAGCAAGCCCUGAGACUCUUGCUAGAGAGAAGCCAUCAUGGCACGUCUCACCCUCGCGGGGCUGCUUGCAGUCCCCUGGCUCCUGCUCCCGGGCCUCGUGUCCGGCGACGCAGUCUUGGAUCUCCAGGAAAAGGGUCGUCCCGCCAUCGAUGCUCAACUGGCCAAGUCGACGACAUGCACCAAAGAGAAACUCCAGGUCCGCCGCGAGUGGGGCGACAUCUCGGCCGAAGAGAAGAAGGCCUACAUCGCCGCCAUGCUGUGCAUCAUGGAGAAGCCGUCCAGGUUGGACCCGAACCAGUUUCCCGGCGCCAAGUCACGGUACGACGACUUCGUCGUCGUUCACAUGAACCAGACUCUGUCCAUCCACGGCACGGGCAACUUCCUCUCGUGGCAUCGCUACUACACCUGGGUGUUUGAGCGCGCCCUCCAGGAGGAGUGCGGGUAUAACGGGACCCAGCCCUACUGGGACUGGGGGCGCUGGGCCGACGACCCGGAGAACUCGCCCAUCUUUGACGGCAGCGACACCUCUCUCAGCGGCAACGGCGAGUACAUUGAGCACAGGGCCUCGGGCUUCAUACCCGCCGGCAACGGAGGUGGCUGCGUCAAGUCGGGUCCCUUCAAAGACAUGGUCGUCCACCUGGGCCCCGUCGCUCCCGCCAUCGACCCGGCGCCGCCGGCGAACCCGCGGCGCGACGGGUACGGCGACAACCCGCGGUGCCUGCGGCGUGACAUCUCGAACCAGCUGUCGAGCAAGUACGCGCGGACGCAGGACAUUGUCGACCUGAUCACGACGUCGGCCGACAUUGGCACCUUCCAGACGGUCAUGCAGGGCGCCGGCGGCUUCGGCGUCGGCCCCGGCGGCAUGGGCGUGCACGCCGCCGGCCACUUCACCAUCGCCGGCGACCCGGGCGGCGACUUCUACACCUCCCCCAACGACCCGGCCUUCUGGGUCCACCACGGCAUGAUCGACCGCACCUGGACCAUCUGGCAGAGCCAGGACCUCGACAACCGCCUCCAGGUCAUCGCCGGCGGUUCCAGCAUGAUGGGCGGCCCUCCCCAGACCCUCGACGACCCCGUUGACCUCGGCGUCGUCGCCGACAAGGUCUAUCCCAUCAGGGACCUGGUCAGCGUCGUCGACGGGCCCUUCUGCUACGUCUAUGAGUGAGUGAGUGAGUGACUGACGGCAGGAAGAGAGGGCGGCGGGCGUUUGGACUGGAUUACUCUUGACGGGAGAUGAUGCUUGUACAUCCCAAGCGAGCAUAGGUUCAUGGCAAGCUCUGCGCCUUAGCUAAUAGCUGCUCAUGCCGUUGCCCUUUCUCGGUCUCUGCUUGCUGAAAGGAUCUCUUGAGUUGGUGGAAGGGUUC